UGUUUUAUUUUGCCCGUAGUGCAUGUUGUCAGCGCUGACGUCAUCGGUGCUACCGGAGUCUACAUCGGCACCAACAACUUCCGCGCCCGCGCCACACGCUGAAGACCCUACCCCAGAAAGCGAUGGAGAAGACGCCCCUGAAGGAUACUAUGCAUUCGUAGAGUCACCUAAUGCUACUCCACCGAGAGUUCGCCCGCCGCCUUAUCGUAAAGUGGACGUAGAGUGCGCGGAAGCAGGCGACAGUAAGCCGCAUGUGACCGCGCACAACCUCUGCGGGGAUCUAAACCGAGGCGACAUACCCAGGAAUCCCAUGGGUCAAAGUCCAGACGGGGAGCCUUAUCCUUUUGAUCUGAUCCGCAACCACACAUUACGUUUUUUGUCUCGUGCAUUACCGGCCCUACGAAACGACGAGUCUCUACCGCGAGUAACAAGACUGCCGUAUCCAGCUCCCGCCCCAUCACAACCUGUGCCCACUACUGAUGAUAACGUUCCUUAUUUACAACACAACGGGUUGGAGGAGCGUAACAAACGAUCCGUGGACCCGGAGGAUGUUCCGUCAGAUCAAUUACAUGUGGAACAUCGAGCCGACGAAUCGCCGCGACAGGCGCGAGACGGCAGAAAAUUCUGUGACGGCGGCGGGGUAUUUUGUAUGCUGUACCGCGCCAUCAAUGGUGAGUCAGAAGGUGCACCCGCACCCCUCGAGCGCCGCGAGGACCCCGGUCCGCGACCGGCACCCCACCGAUACGAGGGUCCGCCGACCCCGUGCCCCGCACGUGUGGAGUACGCGACACCAGUGUUCGCCCGCAACUACCAAGGUGUGUGGCGAUACGUGGUGCAGAUACCGUACGAAGGGUACUUCACACAAACCGUUGAGGUUACAAGAUGUAUGCAAUCUCGCUGCCACUACCUAGAGGGUGGGUGCCUAAGCUCACCGCGCUGGGUAUCGCUACUGGUUGCCGAGCUACACUAUCCUGGACAGGAAUACCAACAGUUCCCGCAGAAGAAUCCAACUGAAGAGAAGGCACCCCACUGUGAUGGGCAUGACAACUUCGGAUGUUUUCAGGUACGACUUUACUACGACUGGUUCUUGGUCCCUGGCUCAUGCAAGUGCUGGCGUCCUGAUUACUUCGCUCGUUAUGUGCGACGCCGACAGAACAAUGAAUUGUAG